GCCAAACAAACAAAGGGCAAAAAAAAAAAAAAAAAAAAAAAUGGCUGCAACAAUUUCGAUUCCACUCUCACAUAAUUUAUCCAGUCUUCAUCUCUCCGCAUCGACACGGCGUCGUUUUGCACCCCCAGAAUUCUACUCGCCUGUUCGUGUAUGUUGCUCCGCUUCUAGGGAUGGUCCUGAAUUAAAGGAAAACUUGUCUCAUAUCAAGCAACUUAAAAAUGUAGCUUGUGGCAUUCUUGCUGUUUGGGCUGUGACUACUGCUUUACCUGUUAUUGCUGCUAAUCAGAGGUUGCCUCCAUUGUCAACGGAUCCAAACCGAUGUGAGCGUGCAUUUGUUGGUAACACAAUAGGUCAAGCGAAUGGUGUUUAUGAUAAGCCAAUUGAUAUCAGGUUCUGUGAUUAUACAAAUGAGAAGUCCAACUUGAAGGGCAAGUCUCUUGCUGCAGCACUCAUGUCCGAUGCAAUAUUUGAUGGUGCAGACAUGUCUGAGGUGGUGAUGUCAAAGGCUUAUGCUGUAGGUGCUAGCUUCAAGGGUGUAGACUUCUCAAAUGCAGUUCUGGAUCGGGUUAAUUUUGAGAAAGCAAAUCUACAAGGAGCUUCCUUCAAGAACACAGUACUAUCAGGCUCCACAUUCAAUGGUGCAGAACUGCAAGAGGCAGUAUUUGAGGACACCAUCAUUGGAUACAUUGAUCUUCAGAAGCUUUGUACAAAUAAAACUAUUGAUGAUGAAGGAAGAGCUUAUUUGGGAUGCCGAUGAUCAUUGACCCCCAAUUUCUUCUGUCUUCUUUUUAAACCAUCCAAAAUAAAAUGGGUGAGAGGCUGUUGUGUCAUAUUAUCCAAGGUUUUGGUAAAUUGUGUAUCCAAUAAAAGGGUACGAAUAUAUAAAUGCAAUUUGCAUUUUGUUCACUUGUUGUAUUUGUUAAUUUUGUCUGACAGAUAGAAGAGGAAGACAAUUGCGAAUUUGUGAUUACAUAUAUGUAUGUAUAUCUUUUUCUGAAAAA